AGAGACUACGAGAAGCUGUGGAAGCUCAUCGCCUACUACAGCGAGGUGCCCGUCACGCUUCACCGGGAGCCCGUGCCCGGCCCAGACGCCGGAGUAGACACCUACCAGUACAGGCAGGACCCCGACGAUGACGCUCUCUACUACACCGGCGUCCGGGCCCGCGUCCUGGCCCGGCCCGCCUGGGUCCUGCAGCCGCGCAUCGACCUGCAGCUCGACCGCCGUCGGAGCACGUCCAAGAAGGUCCUGCUGUCCUACCGAUCUCGGUUCUCCCUCACCGUGUCCGGCGAGGACGCCGGGCAGUCUCGCGGCCGCAGCUGGGUCAUGAUCGAGCCCGGGCAAGACGUGCGGAGGGCCCAGACGGUCCUCGAAGGGUCUCCGUGCCAGCUCAGCUGCAACGUGAAGGCGUCCGAGAGCCCCUCCAUCUCCUGGGUGCUCCCCGACGGCUCGGUGCUGAAGGCGCCCACGGACGAGCCGGACUCCAGGUUCUCCAUCCUGACCAGCGGCUGGCUGAGGAUCAAAUCGGCGGAGCGGGCCGACUCGGGCGUCUACCAGUGCGUGGCCCGGGUGACGGACGAGACGGACCGCCUGGCGUACCGGGUCCUCGUGCAGCCUCGCGCCGUGCGGCCCACGGAGGGACACGCGGUGACCGUCGCAAAGAACCCCGGGGAGUCCCUGGUGCUGCCUUGCCAGGCGCUGGCCGUCCCUGAGGCCCAGCUGAGCUGGAUUCUCCCCAACCAGAGGAUCGUCAACGAGUUGGCCAACACGUCCCACGCCUACGUCUUGCCCAACGGGACCCUCUCCAUACCUGAGGUCCGAGUUGGCGACGGAGGCUACUACCAAUGCGUCGCGGUCAACCAGCAAGGGGCUGACCAGUUCACGGUGGGGGUCACCGUGAGCAGGAAAGGGUCGGGCAGGGCGUCGAAAAGGGGCCGACGCCCGGGUGGGAAGGCCCUGGCCAGGCCCAGAGGGGAUGUCGUCGAGGACGAAGGGGGCUCGGGCGUCGGCGGGGACGAUACCCCGUCGCCGAGCAGAGUCCUGCACCCAAAGGACCGGAAGGUGUUCCUCCACCCAAAGGAGGACCCCAAAACCAAGAAGGGGCGAAGGAAGCCGCAACCCUGGAAGCACGCCGAGAGGGAGCCCGAGGCCAACGUCGCCGAGGGCCGCAGGGCCUUCGAGUCCCGACGGAGGGUCAACAUGGCCAGCAAGCAGAUCAACCCGGACCACUGGGCGGAUAUCCUAGCCCGAGUCCGCGGGAGGAACGUCCCCAAGGGCACGGGAGGGCCCGAGGCCGCCGUGGAGACCGCCACCGCGCCGUCAGAGAGCGGAGACUCCGCGCCCGUCCCGCCCGUCGCGUCUCCUCCCGCCGUGUCCCCGUCGGCGGCGGCCCAGACGACAGCCAGUGCUGAGGAAUUCUCGGCGGAUGCUCUGUCCUUUGGGGAGGAAGAGCCCCUUUCCAGGACUGCUUCCGCCGCCGGGAGGAGGCCCGACCGAGGCCAGGCUGGCGUCCUCACGGCUGAAGCCAAUGCGACCGGCUCCGAUCUGCAAGAAUCCGAUGAUGGCGACGAUGAGUUUUCUGCAAAGACCCGGGGUCGACCUCGGAUGGCCGUGGACUCCCAGUGGACCAUGGCCACGAAAGGGACGUCGGAUGUCCCUUACGAAUCGUCGACGCCACAGAUCCUGGACCCGGCCUACGAGGAGUCCACCAGUGAUCACGUCAUGACGGACAACUGGUCUACCGUAGGCGUCAGAACCAACAUCGCCAGGGACAACUGGUCUACCGUAGACGUCGGAACCAACAUCGCCAGGGACAACUGGUCUACCAUAGACACUGGGCCCAACAUCGCCAGGGACAACUGGUCUACCGUAGGCAUUGGGCCCAUGCCAGAGCCUACAUCCCCCGAGAAUGCAUCUCCCUCGGUGGCCACCUCCUGGGCCGAAUCGGACCUCACGCCAUCCGUGGACCCAGAAUUGGAUGAGGAUAAGACGGAAGGACAGGCGUCCAGGCUUGACACUCCAACGCCCACCUUGUCCGUGGUUGAGUCCGGGCCAUCAGAGCGAUCCGGCGAUCUCGCAACACGAGGACACAAAGAGGAAGGAACAGAGGUCCCCCAGUUCGGGAGCCAUGGCUUCAGCCCUCAAGGCAACCCGUGGAUCACAAAGGGCACAGAGGAGAACUCUCGGAAGCUUCCGGAAGGAGACACGCCAGAGACAGUGCCCACAAGCUCCCGUGGAUCCGAGAGGAAGCGUCAGGGCGUUGAGUCUGUCGCAUCGACCGCGUCGCUUGCCUCUCUAGUCGCCGGCGGUCCCAUCUCGCCCACCCCAGAGGUCACCUGGCCAUCCACGGCCACCACCGCUCCCCCUUCCCGCAAAAGGCCCCAAGGGAGGAGGAGGCAGAGGCCCCACAGAUUCCGGCACCGGCAUAAGCCAACCCCACCUUCGACGUUCGCCCCCACGGGGACCAUCUGGGCUGGAUCCGCUCACGUACCCGGAGCCAAGACACCGGGGCGAGUGGAUGGUUCGCUGGUUCCUACUUCUUGGGGGGAGAGUACGGUUGGGAUCCCCAAACAGGGGGACCCCGUAACCAAGGGGACGCCACGGAGGAAGCACGGUAGGAGGCCAAACAAACACCGCUAUGGCGCCUCGACAGCGAGCCCCACGGCCUCGACAACCCAGCUCACAGAUGUUACCACUCCCCGUCCGUUAACGGCCCUGGUGUCUACAACCGUCUCCCAGAGAAUUGGGGACCCCCCUGAGGCCACUAGGGCGGCAGAAUAUAGGACCACCACCCCCAAGAUGCAUGUAUCUCGCGAUGCAACCCAAGAGACCACGCCAGCCACAGAUACGCCCGUAUCGGAUGGAAAAGAGACGGAGGAUUCGAGUGUCUAUAACGUCCAUGACAACAUAAGUGAGUCCAUCAUUGAUGUCACAUCACCUUCUGGUUUCGAGGUCCCCACCGCGGGAGAAAUUAAGAAGGAAUCCCGUCCUUCCAGCGUCCCAGGAACGGAGAGCUGGACUCCACCAAGGACAGCCCCGCCUGGGGGUCCGCAGACAGACACCCCCGUGCCUCCCUCUUUGGAGACCCUCACGCAACCCUCAUCCUUUUCCCAAGAGUCGGGGGACCUGGAUCUCCCCUCUGAUAUCCCCCCUUCCCUGGUGCUCGCUACACGAGAAGACAUUGUUGCUUCCACUACUCGGAGCGCAGAUGUAGAGGCGACUUCACGUCGGACCGGAUCCACCAUCCGUGGCCGGGAUCCUCACGAAACCACCCCGGCUCCCGUCCAUCCCGAAACUCGACCCCAGGAUCCCGUCCUCACUCCGGCCCCCGUGGGGGAGUCAGCGACCCCGUUGGCACCCACGAGUCUCCUGGCUCCGGCACCAACCACCACCACCACCGAGCCCGCCCAUCUCACCUCAAGCCCGCCACCCCCAACGUCAAUGGGUUCCAAGGACCACGUUGUCCUCAAUUCCGUGGGGGGCCCCGAACCCCAAACUGCCCCCGCAAAGAAGGAGGAGGUGACCCAGCACCCGUGGUGGCGAGGAAACGAAUUGUCCACCCCCUCUCCCAAGAGGGAUCCAUUUCACGUCACCCCAAAACAGGGGGUCGAGAAGGAAGUCUUAGAUGAGAGGACGAAGGACAUGGUUCUACGUGGCCCCGAUGGUCACCACCACCACCCGGGUGGGAGAGUCCAAAUCCUCCACCAACCGGCCAGGGCCCCCCCGAGAGGGACAACGAGGCCACCCCAGGGGACCACCCAGAGCCCCCUCAGAUACCUCUCGACGUUCCAGCCCCCUCGUCCCGGGACCAACCAGCCGGGCAUCACGGCGUACCCCUCGAGGGCUUUGUCGGAAAACAAGCCCUGGACGACGACCACGUCCUCCAGCCCGGCCACCGUGGGCCCGUGGCGCACGGCCACGCCUCACAGGGUCACGGACCAGUGGACGGACCGGUUCCACGGCCACUCCAGAGCGUUUGGGCACAACAGCAUCCCGGACGUGAGAGACCCCGCGGGCCGGCCGCCCAACGCCAGGGUCCCUCAUCACUUCGACGGGAGAUUCCCCUUCUUCUCCAACAACCGGACCUUCUCUUUCCCACAGUUGGGCGUCACCCCCAAGACCCAGCCCCCCACCUCUCCCGCCCCAGGGCUGAGAGACAGAGCCGUCAACCCGGGUGCCUACAAUCGGAUCCACACUCAAACCAUCACCCACAUGGACUUUGGCCCGCCGGCGCCCCCGUCACUGCCACGUCCCAGGACCGUGUCCCCCAUCUCCACCCACAUCCAGAACAUCCCCGUGGUCUACCCCACCCGGAACGCCAUCCCCUUCGUGUCCUCCCCUGGCCCUCCUUCCGGGAGCUUCCAUCCGGGCGGCUCCAAGCUCUUCUCCGCGGGGGGACCGCCGGCGUCCAAAUUCUGGACCCUUGGAGAGAAGCCGCAGAUCAUCACCAGGUCCCCCCAGACCGUGACCGUCACGGCGGAGGCCGACGUCGCCAUCCCGUGCGAGGCCACGGGGAAGCCACAGCCUUUCGUUACGUGGACCAAGGUUUCUACAGGCGCCCUCAUGACGCCCAACACCCGCGUCCAGCGCUUCGAGGUCCUGAAGAACGGCACCUUCGUCAUCCGCCAGGUCCAAGUCCAGGACCGCGGCCAGUACGUCUGCACCGCCCAGAACCUGCACGGCGUGGACCGGCGCGCGGUCCUGCUGUCCGUGUCGGUCCAGCAGCCCCAGAUCCUCGCCUCGCACUACCAGGACGUCACGGUCUACCUGGGCGACACCAUCGCCAUGGAGUGCCUGGCCAGGGGCACCCCCGCGCCCCAGAUCUCCUGGAUCUUCCCGGACCGCAGGGUGUGGCACGCCGUGUCCCCCGUGGAGGGCCGGGUCACGCUGCACGAGAACCGCACCCUCUCCAUCAAAGAGGCCUCCUUUGCCGACCGCGGCGUGUACAAGUGCGUCGCCAGCAACGCGGCGGGCGCGGACAGCUUGGCCAUCCGCCUGCACGUGGCCGCCCUGCCCCCCGUCAUCCACCAGGAAAAAUGGGAGAACAUCUCGCUACCCCCGGGGCUCAGCGUCCACAUCCACUGCAGCGCCAAGGCCGCGCCCCCGCCCGCGGUGCGCUGGGUGCUCCGCGACGGCACCCACAUCCGCCCCUCGCAGUUCCUCCGCGGGAAUCUCUUCGUCUUCCCCAACGGGACCCUCUACAUCCGCAACCUGGCGGCCAAGGACAGCGGGCGCUACGAGUGCGUAGCCGCCAACCUGGUGGGCUCGGCGCGCAGGACGGUGGAGCUGACGGUGCAGCGCGCGGCGGUGGCGGCCAACGCGCGCAUCACGGGCACCUCCCCGCAGAGGACCAACGUGCACUACGGGGGGACGCUCCGGCUGGACUGCAGCGCCUCGGGGGACCCCUGGCCGCGCAUCCUGUGGAGGCUGCCCUCCAAGCAGAUGAUCGACACCUUCUUCAG